GAGAGCAGAGGACACGCCUACAUGUGAUCAGGGUUUCAUUACUUCACCUGUGAUCAGGUUGCUUCCAAGAAAUAGAAGUCAGAGGAUAUGAAGGUGGCGGUUUGUGAUAAUCAGGAAGCAAUGGCUAACGCGGGUCACAUGAAAAUCCUGCUAUUGUCAGCAUUUUUUCUGUGGAGUGUCAGGAGUGAUCCAGAUGCCAGCGUCAUGGAGCAGGGGAAGACCCAGCUGCUGGCUCUUCAGAACUUUGCUCAGCACCCGCGCUAUGGAGACUGUUGGCGUAGAGCCCUGCACAGGGUGGACGUGGGCUGCAAGCAGCUGAACGAGGAGGAGCAAAGCCGCAUCGCUUUGGCAUUCACUCACUGCCAUCUAGAAAGAUCAGGGAGAGACUACCCAGCCUGCACAGACCGCAGCACUCUCCGCCAGUGUACACGUGGGAUGGAUUCAGUGGCAUUUAACACCUAUACAGAGUUCUUUACCCAUGCUCACAGUAUUUGUUACUACCUACAGAAUGAGCUGUGGCAGGAGAAGACCCAGGACAUCAUUCUCAGGCUGACCGUCAACUCUGACAGUGUAGCUCGCCAACUGGAAGCUACAAAUGUAAUGGCUGAAGAAAUGAUGCAGGCACAAAAUGCAACUCUGCAGUCUCAGGAGGAAAUUUUACGCACUGGACACCUUCUGAAGCAAACCCUGCAAGAAUCCACCACUGGGGUGAAGCAAGCUUUUGAGGAAAUGCAGCAGUCUGCCAGCGAGCAGCGCCUGCUGUUCUCCGAAAUCUUCAACCGCAUCACCUACCUUCACCAGUUUGUUGUAGGGGAAUCCAACACACUCUACUCCUUCAUGUACAACCUAAUGGGCUGUGCUGCUGCCUUCUUGCUGACCUCCACCCAAAGAACUGCCGGUGCCAGACUGGUCCUGUUUACACUGGUUACUGCUAAUGUAUAUGUGGAGAGGACGAUCUGUUCCUAUAUCUUGGGAGAUGCCCAGCCUAGUUAUGAUAAGACGGAGAAUGUUGCUUUCUGGAUUGGAAUAGCCCGCAAGAUCUCCAUUUCACUUGGUCUAUUGGUCCUCUUCUACUUCUCUGUGACUUACCGCGAUGUACAGCGACAGAGUCUGGAGGUGCUCCAGGGGCUGCAGGAAACAAAAGCUGAACUGCAGACUAUUAUACGGGAGGCAGAGAAGUUGCUGAACAAACCCGAGUAUUUUUCGGACAAGAUUCUGAUGAAGGAAGAGCUGUUUGGAGAUUCUGGGAUUCCAGAUCCUUCAUUUCUCAUUGAGCUCCCUGUGAAGGACAGCGUACUGGAUUCAAUAUACAGUCUACAGCUUGAGACCCUGCAGGUGACCAGCACACCAAAGAGAAGAGCUCGCUCUCCAGCCCGCAGUGGAGGACGAAGGAGGAGCAGCAGACCUGCGGAACCAGCGGUCUACAAAAUUGAAGUCCCCCAGCCAACAACUCCACGAUACAACCUCCGCAGUAGCCUGUUAAUGAACAAGUCCUCGUCUGCUUUGUAAAUGUACCGGAGAAUAGCCUGGCAUGUUACUACUGACAAGUUCAUUGAUUACUCAUUUUAGAUAUUUUUAAUUGUGUGAAAUAAAGUGUUUUUUGUAAACUUA